UACGGCCUACACAAAUAAUAAUGAAAAAAAUGAAGAAAUAGUACCUAUUCAACCUAUUUCUUCUAUGACAGCAUUAUCAGCUUUAGAUAAUAUUUUAAGUUUUUUGACUAAUCCACCUGAUGGAUUUGCUGUUAAAUUAAAAAAUCUUAUGGAAAUUCGUUCUUUACGAAGUCAAGUAAUGCUACAUAAUUUUAAUAGUAAAAAGCAA